GCGCACAGCUGGUCUGGCGGGUCAGCUGGAGGCUGGGCUGUGUCUCCUGGAAGGCGGGGUGGCAGUGGGCGCUGGCGUGUCUGCUCAGAGCUUCAGCCAGGACGAGGGGGCCGGGCUCCAGGCCCAGAGGCUUCCCAGGCUGCUGCGACUGCCCUGCGUGCAGUGGCCCAUGGCUGUUUUGCUUUCCCUCGUUUGCCUUCCCUCAGGGGCCUCUGCCCCACCCAUUUGACGGAGAGGGGCCUUCCUGAGCCUCACGUUGGUUACUGACGUUUUGCCUCUUAAAUUGAAGGCUUUCUUAAGAGGGAAACUUAAGACACGUGUUCUCACACGUGGUGGAGGGCUGGGGUGGGGCAGGGCUUAGGGAGACGCAUGCCUGUCGCUCCAUUGGACACCCACGUUUUCAUCAUUAGUGUUAAUGCUUUCGUUUCUGUGUUCUGGUUUUUUUUUAAGAGCAAAAUGAAUGAUUGCGCAGAUGCAAUGAAUGCUGUGUGGGAAAGCUGUGGAACCGCCGGGGGCCUGCUGUGGGCUGGGGUCUCCCACCUGAGCGAGCAGAGGCCAGGGCUGCGGGCGUGCUGGCUGCUUUGGGCGCCACCGAGGUCUUGGCGGGCACCUCUUGCCUGUUUGGGCUCUGAGAAACCAAGCCCCUUCCCGCUCCCAGCGCCGUGCGGUGCAGUGAAGGUCUCUGGUGCUGCUCUCCGCCGUCUUGUGGUUUUCAGCACCCUUGAUCCGUGGCCGGCAGUUUCAGCUUAGGGGACUGUGGGCCAUCCCCCUGCCGCCAACGCAGGCGCCCGUGUCCAUUGAGGCAGGAGCUGCGGGGGCGUGUGCUGCAGAUGUUGCCCCCACGAACUAGGUCUGUCUGCCUUCUGGGGAUUCCCUUAUCCUCCUCUGACUUGUCAGCCGCUCCCUCUUGCUGGACCUCAGACAGAGGAGCCCAGGGAGGGCCCCGUCCCAUCAUAAGCAGAGACCUGCUGGAGUGACUGUCACUUGGGUCCUGUGUCUGGGCGGGUGGCAGCGGGAGGACUAGUUUUUGCAGGGCAGCUCCGGGCAGGACCGGACCCGGCUGAGACGUGGGCUGCGGGUGGCCGUGCGCGGGGCUGCUGCUCCCUGGGUCGCCGCGGGCUUCUUUCUGGGGUACAGGUUUCUUCUGCUCCCACGCCCGUGUCAGCAGCUGGACUCCACUGGGUGCUGCCUGGAAGGGGGCUGUGUUCUCCUGCGGGCUCUGGUCCCUAAGUCUUUUGAAGAGAAGACCUUUCUGUGGUUAUUCCCGCCUGACCUUCAGGCCCGCUGGACGGAUGACCCAGACCCUGCCUUCUGGCCACCUCCGGGUUCCUUGUGUCUCAGAGGGGCUACGGCGCUGCUUUCCAAAGUGUAUGUCUUGACUUGUCAGGCCCGGGAUGUGCAGGUCUGACUGGCCGGUUCUGUUUCCUGCCUGCUCGUCAAGAGACAAGUGUAGCCAGUGAGGUCAGCGUCCCAGCACCGCCCAUGCCAAGGCUCUGCCGCACCCGCCUUGCACUGCUUCCCUCAGCGUCUGGUUUGUGGUGGGCGGGCCAUCCCUUCUGUCCUGUCGUGUGUGUGGUACCAGGCCGGCCUCUGGCUGCUCUGUGCUCGCUGAGAAACGUGCUCAAGGUGGGAAGUGGUGCAGGGUGGAGGUACAUGUCGCAGAGCAAGCACGCCGAGGCCCGAGAACUCAUGUGCUCGGGAGCCCUGCUGUUCUUCAGCCACGGCCAGCAAAACAGUGCCUCGGAUUUGUCCAUGCUGGUCUUAGAGUCGCUGGAGAAGGCAGAAGUCGAGGUGGCUGACGAGCUGCUGGAAAGUCUGGCGAAGCUGUUUAGUUUGAUGGAUCCCAACUCCCCGGAGCGAGUGGCGUUCGUGUCGCGAGCCCUGAAGUGGUCCAGCGGGGGGUCCGGGAAGCUGGGCCACCCCCGGCUGCACCAGCUGCUGGCCCUCACCCUGUGGAAAGAGCAGAACUACUGUGAGUCCCGGUACCACUUCCUGCACUCCAGCGACGGAGAAGGCUGCGCCAACAUGCUGGUGGAGUACGCCACCUCCAGGGGCUUCCGCAGCGAGGUGGACAUGUUCGUGGCCCAGGCCGUCCUGCAGUACGUGCCCUUUGCUGUCCCACCCUGGCUCGCGUGGCCACCUGGGGCCCGGGGAUGGCCUCUGAGCCGGGCGCUCUCCGGGCUGAGCCGCACGUUUCUGUGCUUGAAAAACAAAAGCAGCGCGUCUGUGGUGUUCACGACGUACACACAGAAACACCCGUCCAUCGAGAGCGGCCCUCCGUUCGUGCAGCCGCUGCUCAACUUCAUCUGGUUCCUGCUGCUGGCCGUAGAUGGGGGGAAGCUGACAGUCUUCACGGUGCUGUGCGAGCAGUACCAGCCGUCUCUCCGGCGGGACCCCAUGUACAACGAGUACCUCGACAGGAUAGGACAGCUCUUCUUCGGCGUGCCCCCCAAGCAGACAUCUUCCUACGGAGGCUUGCUGGGGGACACACCGAGGCAGAACUGUUGGAGCCACUGUAGUUCUGUUUAGUUUUCUGAGGAGCCACCGCACCAUCUUCCCGUAGUGGCUGCUGCAGUCCACGCUUUGCCCGCGGGGCCUGAGGGCUGCGGUUCCUCCGCAGCCUUGCCAGCACUGGCUGUUGGCUGUUUCUGACCCGGUGUGAGGCGCUGUCCCCGCUCUGCCGGUCCUGACUUGAUGAUCUCCCCGGUGACCAGUCACAUGGGGCAUCUUCCCGUGGGCUCAUGGCCAUGUGUGCGUGUGUCUGUCCCAGUCGCCUGCCUGACUUUGAAUCAGGUUGGUGGUAUUACAGGUUCUCUGUACUGGAUAUUAAUCCCUGAUCAGAUACAUGGUUUGCAAACGUCUUCUCCUGCUCUGUGGGUUGCCUUUAUUUUUUUUUAAGACUUGAUUUUUGUUUUUAAGCAGUGUUAGGUUCACAGCAACAUUAAGAGGAAGGUACAGACCUUGCGCGUGAACGCCCCCUGCCCCGGGGCGGAGGCUCCCCGUUGUCGCGUCCCCACCAGGUGGUGCGUUUAUUGUGGGCCCACCACGGGGACACGUCCUUAUCCCCUGGAGUCAGUGGCCUGGGCUCAGUCUUGGUGUCGGUCCUGUGAGACUGAGCGGAGCCCCCGCCGUCUCAGGGCUGUGGGAUCCUUAGCGGGCUCCUCCCUCCCCUCCCUCGAGGCCCUUCUACUUCCUGAGGGUCUUUUGAUGCACAAGACCUUGAAGCGUCACUGAGUCCGAGCUGCGCUGUGGUGUCCUUUCCCAGAAACCACGACGCUCUUGCCCGGUGUCUUCCUCUAGGGAUUUUCGUGCUCUAGGCCCUCCGUUUAGGUCCUCGACGACCUGCUUGGUGUGUUACCUGUGUAGGGUCCGGCGGCGUUCUCGGGCGUGUGGCGUCCAGUCGUCCCAGCACCAUUGCUGAGUGGGCGGGGGCCCCGGUCAGAGAUGUUUGACCGUCUUGCCUCGGGGCUGGCUGCUCCCCGUCCUUGUCUGCCGCUGCGCCGGGCCCGCACGACGGUGGCUUUGUAGGAGGUUUCGACACCCGAAGUUGCGAGGCUUCACCUUUGUUCUCUUCAAGAUUGUUUGGGCUCCGUGAGUCCCUGGAGACUGCAGGCGAAGUCUGGGGGCUCCUGUUUCCGUGAAGGAAUGUUUUGGGGCUGAGGAUUCACCCAGCCUGUGACCACUUUGGGCAGUAUUGACGUUUUAACGCUAAGAGGUCUUUCCGUCCACAAACGUGGGGUGUGUUUGUGUUUGCUUGUUUGCGUCUGUAACUUCUCGCUGCGUUGUGUCUGGUGUCCGUUGUCCAAGUCUUCCACCUCCUCGGCUGAGCUGGGUACCGAGUACUCCUUCGGACGCUGCUGUAAGUGGAACUGUCUCUAAGUUAUUUUGCGGACUCUUCAGGGGUUCUUACGUGGAAAUCGUAGCAUCUGCAGAAAGACGACUUUCUGCUGCUUUCUUUCCAAGUGGAGCCCUUCGAUUUCUUUUUCUUGCCUAACUCUCUGCCUGGACCCCCCAGGGUGCCCGCCCUUGGACGGGGCAGGGCUCAGGGUGCUGACCCCACGCGGUUCGAACUCGUGCUGUUCGAGGGUCAGCCGCCACGGUGCCGGGCGCGGAGGGAGCAGCAUCCUCGCCUCGCUCCCGAUCUCAGACUAGAAGCUGCCGGCUCUCACCUCCGAGCGUGAGGUGUGUCCUGGGCUGCUCACGUGUGGCUCCCCUCACGUCACAGCGCAAGAGGGUUGCCUUCUGGUCUUUCUUGCCGGGUGCUUCUGUGGAAGAUGUUUAGUUUUGUCAGAUGCGUCUUCGGCAUCAGGUGGGCGGGCGCUGGGCUUUCCUUCAUCCUGUGAACGUGUGCGU